UCACUGACUAGUGGUUGCCAUGGCUUUAAAAAAUGGAUACUCCAUCAACUCCACCCCACUGGACGAGAGUGGAGAGACUACACCCCUACUUAAAAAAGAAGUGGUGGAUGUUGAUGAUUCAGGUGUCUACUGUUUUUGGUUUUAUGUAAUCUAUUAUGUAAUGAUAACUUUAUGAUCGUUGAAGGAAGUCAUAUCAAGUGAAAAUUUGACCUACCUGGAAGUUUGGAUUUGCCCCUAUGCUUUAGCUUAUUACAUCAUAACUAACACUGUGCUAGGGAAAUAGGUAAUUUAAGUGUCAAGUACUCCUCGUUUGCUAGUGUAGAUGUUCUACUAGCACUGUCUAGUCAUCUUUAUGUCUAAGUGUUUUCAGAUAGACUGUGAGGUGUGAUUGUGCACUUGUUGUAUAAGGCCUCCUGUAGCUCAGUUGGUAGAGCAUGGCGCUUGCAACGCCAGGGUUGUGGGUUCGAUUCCCACGGGGGGCCAGUAUGAAAAAUGUAUGCACUCACUAACUGUAAGUCGCUCUGGAUAAGAGCGUCUGCUAAAUGACUAAAAUGUCAAAUGUAAUGUCUAACAGUGCCUCCACAAUGUUGCUCUGCACGCUGCAAUCUGGCCAUCAUGAUGUUCUUCGGAUUCUCCGUCGUCUACGGUCUCCGUGUCAAUCUAAGUGUUGCCAUGGUUGCCAUGGUCAAUGGGACCAAUAGCCAACCAUCUCUCAACAGCUCAGGUGGCCAUGAGUGCCCAGUGUCCUCCCACAGGUACAACAACAGCAGCCAAACCCCAGACCAACCAGACGGGGUAAGUACCAGCUCUUCCAAAGUAUCCACAACUAGACCUGUAGUAUACUGUGCAUGUAUAUUAAAGCACAUAUUAUAGCUCAUAUAUUAUAGCAUAUAUUAUAGCUCAUAUAUUAUAUCAUAUAUUAUAGUACAUAAAUAGGCUUCACGCAAACAUGAUGCAUGCAUACUGGACAUACUGCACAUGCAAAGUAUGCAUGCACAGUGGAUACAAGACACUCACAAACUCAUACGUAACACUAAUGCUCAUUUACUCUCUCUCUCUCCCUCUCUCAGAUACCUCAGUACUCGUGGGAUUCUCAGACUCAGGGCCUGCUGCUGGGGGCGUUCUUCUUUGGCUACCUGGUGACUCAGAUCCCCGGGGGUUACCUGGCUGGACACUUUGGGGGGAGUAUCUUCCUGGGGGGAGGGGUGCUGGGCACCGCAGCCCUCACCCUCCUCACCCCACUGGCAGCCCAGCUAGGACCCUACUGGCUGUUUGGGUUACGGGCACUGGAGGGAUUUGGGGAGGUAAGAGGCUUCAUGUGUGCAGAGUAGGGGUCAAUCUCAUUCUGUUAUCAGCAUUGAACUGGAUUAGCAUUUGAUUGUAUAAACAACCGUAUUUAUGGUAUACAUACAGUAUAGCUAAUUUGGCCAGAAAGUCAUUAUUUUCUGUAAAACUCCAAGGUGUAUUGUUAAUUUCAGUGACAAAUCAGUGUGUAUCGCUCUGUGUUUGUGUGUCAUCAGGGGGUGACGUUCCCAGCCAUGAUGGCCAUGUGGGCUCGCUGGGCUCCCCCUCUAGAGAGGUCUCGUCUUAUGACCCUGUCGGGGUCAGGGGCCAACUUUGGGGCCUUUGUAGCCCUGCCCCUCACCGGCUUCAUCUGUCACAGUCUGGGCUGGCCCGCUGUCUUCUACAUGUGUGGUGAGAGUUGGAUAGCAGUUACACCCCCCAAACAUAUACACUGAGUGUACAAAACAUUAAGAACACCUUCCUAAUAUUGAGUUCACCCCCCCAUGCUGGCCCAUGAUGACUCCAAUGCUUCCCACAGUUGUGUCAAGUUGGCUGGAUGUCCUUUGGGUGGUGGACCAUUCUUGAUAUACGGGAAACUGUUGAGUGUGAAAAACCCAGCAGCGUUAUAGUUUUUGACACAAACCUGUGUGCCUGGCACCUACUACCAUACCCCGUUCAAAGACACUUACAUAUUUUGUCUUGCCCAUUCACCCUCUGACUGGCACACAUACACAAUCCAUGUCUCAAUUAUCUCAAUUGUCUCAAGGCUUAAAAAUCCUUCUUUAACCUGUCUCCUCCCCUUCAUCUACACUGAUUUAAGUGGAUUUAAGAAGUGACAUCAGUAAGGGAUCAUAGCUUUCACCUGGAUUCAUCUGGUCAGUCUAUGUCAGGGUUCUUCAAUUCCGGUCCUGGAGGGCCGAAACACUUCUGUUUUUUAUUUCUACCUGGUAGUUAAUUGCACUCACCUGGUGUCCCAGGUCUGAAUUAGCCCCUGAUUAGAAGGAGAGGAUGAAAAACAGAGGUGUUUUGUAGACUCAGUACAACCCCCCCCCCCCCCCCCCCCCCCCCCCCAAACAUAUACAUUCCCCGCUACACACACCAUAUCUGCAUUUCUCUGCAUACCCACAUUUUCAGUUCUUAUUUUAUUCUCCUGUGAAGUUUUCACACACAUUAUACUUUCCCAUUUUUGUAUCAUUCACAAUUAUUCUUUGCACACUCAAUCAAUCAAAUGUAUUUAUAAACUCCUUUUACAACAGCAGUUGUCACAAAGUGCUUAUACAGAAACUGAGCCUAAAACCCCAGAGAGCAAUGCAGAUUUAGAGGCAGGAUAGCUAGGAAAAACUCCCUGGAAAGGCAGGAACCUAGUUCAGCACAAAUACUAUACCUACACAACCUCUUGCUUUGUAAAGAUGUCAACAGAACCAGGCUUUUCUCUCAUCCCCUCCCUUUUUCUCUCUCUGUCCCUCUUUCUCUCGUCACCAGGGGGUGCUGGUUGCAUUUGGGCAGUGUUCUGGUUCAUUCUGGUGUCUGACCAGCCUGGCACUCAUCCACGAAUCAGCACAAGAGAAAAAGAUUACAUCAUCAACUCCAUAGGAAAAGAGGUAACAACAAUCUAUCUGUUGUGUCCUUAAUGACCCUUUGUCAUACAUUUGUAAAUCAGUUCACAGUCAAUCCCCUUUCUUUCUUUCUUUCUUUCUUUCUUUCUUUCUUUCUUUCUUUCUUUCUUUCUCUCUUUCUCUCUCUCUCUCUCUCUCUCUCUCUCUCUCUCGCUCUCGCUCUCGCUCUCGCUCUCGCUCUCGCUCUCUCUCUCUUGUCUCUCUCUGCCUCUUAACCCAGGGUGGUGCCCAUGGCUGGUCAGUCCCUUUUUUACCCAUGAUGCUCUCUGUUCCCCUGUGGGCCAUCAUAGUGUCUCAGAUGUGUGCCAACUGGGGUUACUACACUCUGCUCACCUCACUACCCACCUAUAUGGACACAGUGCUUCACUUUGACCUCCGACAGGUGAGACCCAAAUAAAUCGUAUAUUAAGUCAUACAUCAUAGAUAUGGACAUAUGAUUUCUAUGGAUGACGCCAGAAGAGGAGAGAGACAGAGUGAGAUACUCAAUUCCAGAGUGCUGUAAAGACCAGAUAGCUAUAAGAAAUAUGGUAAUAGCUCUACCUGGUAGUAUUAGGCUCCAUAGGUAGAGUUUUGUCAUAUUUCUUACACAAGUGUAUACCUACUGUAUGUGGUAGGACUAGAGAAUGACUGACUAAGAUUUAGUGUUGAAUCACUAUAUCAAACUGUACAGGGAUAGAACAGGAGUCUCUGGACUUGAAUCAUGUUGUGUUAUUACCUAGGUCUAUACUGUGCUGCUGUAGCAUUGCUUUAAUAAAAUAUUGGUGAAAGUGACGCCAUCUUAUCGGGAUAUUUUAUUCCUGCAAUGUAGUUGCAAUUAUUUUUGUUGUUGUUUUUGUUGUUGGUUAAUAUUGUCUAUUUCUUUCUGUCUCUAUAUAAAUGUAGAAUGCCUUUCUCUCAGCUCUGCCCUAUCUGGGUGGCUGGGCCUUCUCAGUGAUAUCAGGUGUAGUAGCUGACAGCCUCCUGGAGAAGGAGCUGUUGAGUGUAACAGCGGUCCGCAAGAUUUUCACUAUCACAGGCAAGGAGGGGACUUUUAUUUUUAAAGGAAUUGUUACUUAUGGAGUGGCCUUUACCAGAUGUUUGAUUGAUUGGCUGUUAAAACAUACAAAAGUUUGCAACAAUUUUUUCGGGAUUCUUUGGUACUAUUUAAUGCAGUUGAUAUUUUAGUCUGUAGUAAUAUGUUUAUUAACAAAAUAGGAACUAGAGUAUUACAUUUUACAUUUUAUAUUGACAUUUUAGUAAUUUAACAGAAGCUCUUAUCCAGAGUAAUUUACAGUUAGAGUAUCAUAUAUACUGUAUAUAUGUGUUGUUGUUAAUUGUGUGAAUGGACAUACUUAUGUGUCUCUAUUAUCAAUAGAAAGUAAUAAAUAAUAAUAAUAUGUCAUUUAGCAGACGGUUUUAUCCAAAGCGACUUACAGUCAUGCGUGCAUACAUUUCUUUUGUGUAUGGGUGGUCCCGGGGAUCGAACCCACUACCUUGGCGUUACAAGCGCCGUGCUCUACCAGCUGAGCUACAGAGGACCACAAUGUUUGUACAUUGAACAUGUGUAUUGAUGGAUAUUGUUGACCGCUCCUCCCCCAGGUCUGCUGCUGCCUGCAGCGUUCCUGGUUGCUGUGGGCUACUCCGGCUGCAGUGGCGUGUUGGCUGUGACCUUCCUCACCCUCUCUACAACUGUAGGAGGCACCAGUGCAGCCGGGGUCUUCAUCAACCAGAUAGACAUUGCUCCACGGUGGGUGUUUAUCUAUUAGAGAUGUCAUCACUUCACUUGUUUGACUUCCCUUCUCUCCCUACUCACCAGUCUUUUCGGGCAUGUUUUGGACCUUCACUGAACUCUCUCGCUCUCUUGCAUAGCAGUGCGGUCGUGUAUUAUGUUGUGUCCUCGUGUAAAUAGCCUGUUUUUUUGUCUUUUAUCGUAUAUAUUUCUCUAUCUCACUUUCCAUCCUUAACUAAAUAUACUUUCCUGCAACCCGCCUCACCCAAUGUGGAACGGAUUCUAUUAUUUCUUCAUACCUUUUAUCAAGAACCCACGGCUGAAACUAGCCAGCUAGCCAGCUAACUAGCUACUUGCUAUUAGCUAUUGCUAUUAGCCACCGUUAGCGGUCUUCACCACUGUCCGUGGCCUGCACUACCUACCAGCCAGCUCUAGCCUGGACAAUUAUCGGCCAGUCUGCACAGCGUGCUAUCGACCCAGAGCAUUUAGGAUUUUCUGCCGGAAUCACUGAAUCACUGGACCUUAACACCGGAUCAUCACAACUAGCUAGCUGCAACCGAAUGGAUGUUGUUGUUGGCUAAUCACAACUAAUCACCACUUGUCCCAAAGCUAGCACCAGUUAGCCUUGAGCUAGCCUCGAGCCAGGCCCAUCUCCCGGCUAUCCACCUCUCUGUCAACCGGACGGGACCUCCUAGUGUCGACACGGAGCCCCGCUGAUCCAUCACGACUGGUCUGCCGACGUAAUCGUCUGAUGUGGUUUCAACAGGCUUCCCGUUGCGAAGACCACAAAGAUCCAUCUGCUAGCACCGGCCCGCUAGCACGCGCAAUCAACAGCCGUGCCUCCCUACGAACUGCUCCCGGACUUACCUAUUGCUGUUCACUGGAACUUAUGAUCACUCAGCUACACAUCUGAUGCCCGCUGGACUGUUCCUUUACACGGUACCCCAUCCUGUUUAUCUGUUUAGCCUCAGCCCAAACUUUCGUCGCCAUUACCAGUUGUUGUCUUAGUCCUCUCGAAUAACACUUGUGAUUGCGUUAUGCCUCUCUCCUAUGUCAAUAUGCCUAGCCUAUUGCUGUUUGGGUUAGUUGUUAUUGUACUAUUUCACUGUACAGCCCCCAGUCCCGCACAACCUGCCUCAGAUAGCUUCUUUGUCCCACCCCCCCAUACACGCGGAGACUGGCUCAAUCGGUACCUCCAGUGACGCUAUCUCGUUCAUCGUUACCCAAUGCUUAGGUGUACCUCCACUGUACUCAUAUCCUUCCAUAUCCUUGUCUGUACAUAAUGCCCUGAAUCUAUUCUACAACGCCCGGAAAUCUGCCCCGUUUAUUCUCUGUACCCAACGCACUAGAAGACCAGUUCUUAAAGCCUUUAGCCGUAUACUUAUUCUAUUCCUCCUCUGUUCCUCUGGUGAUGUAGAGGUUAACCCAGGCCCUGUAGCCCCCAGUAUCACUCCUACUCCCCAGGCGCUAUCAUUUGUUGACUUCUGUAACCGUAAAAGCCUUGGUUUCUUGCAUGUUAACAUCAGAAGCCUCCUCCCCAAGUUUGAGUUAUUCACUGCGUUAGCACACUCUGCCAACCCUGAUGUUCUAGCAGUGUCUGAAUCCUGGCUUAGGAAGGCCACCAAAAAUUCAGAAAUGUCCAUUCCGAACUACAACAUUUUCCGUCUAGAUAGAACUGCCAAAGGGGGCGGAGUUGCAAUCUACUGUAGAGAUAGCCUGCAGAGCUCUAUCAUACUAUCCAGGUCUGUGCCCAAACAGUUUGAGCUUCUACUUCUAAAAAUCCACCUUUCCAGAAAUAAGUCUCUCACUGUUGCCGCUUGCUACAGACCCCCCCUCAGCCCCCAGUUGUGCCCUCGACACCAUAUGUGAAUUGCUUGCCCCCAUCUAUCCUCAGAGUUCGUACUGCUUGGUGACCUAAACUGGGAUAUGCUUAACAACCCGGCCAUCCUACAAUCUAAACUAGAUGCCCUCAAUCUCACACAAAUUAUCAAGGAACCUACCAGGUACAACCCUAAAUCCGUAAGCAUGGGCACCCUCAUAGAUAUCAUCCUGACUAAUUUACCCUCUAAAUACACCUCCGCUGUCUUCAACCAGGAUCUCAGCGAUCACUGCCUCAUUGCCUACGUCCGUAAUGGGUCCGCGGUCAAACGACCACCCCUCAUCACUGUCAAACGCUCCCUAAAACACUUCAGCGAGCAGGCCUUUCUAAUUGACCUGGCCCGGGUAUCCUGGAUGGAUAUUGACCUAAUUCCGUCAGUGGAGGAUGCCUGGAUGUUCUUCAGAAGUGCUUUCCUCUCCAUCUUAAAUAAGCAUGCCCCAUUCAAAAAAUUCAGAACUAAGAACAGAUAUAGCCCCUGGUUCACCCCAGACUUGACUGCCCUUGACCAGCACAAAAACAUCCUGUGGCAUACUGCAUUAGCAUCAAACAGCCCCCGCAAUAUGCAACUUUUAAGGGAAGUCAGGAACCAAUAUACACAUAUCAGUUAGGAAAGCAAAGGCUAGCUUUUUCAAACAGAAAUGUGCUUCCUGUAGCGCUAACUCCAAAAAGUUUUGGGACAUGGAGAAUAAAAGCACCUCCUCCCAGCUACCCACUGCACUGAGGCUAGGAAACACUGUCACCACCGAUAAAUCUACGAUAAUCGAGAAUUUCAAUAAGCAUUUUGCUAUGGCUGGCCAUGCUUUCCACAUGGCUACCCCUACCCCGGUCACCAGCUCUGCACCCUCCGCUGCAAAUUGCCCAUGCCCCCUCCCUCUUCUCCUUCACCCAAAUUCAGAUAGCUGAUGUCCUGAAAGAGCUUCAAAAUCUGGACCCUACAAAUCAGCUGGGCUAGACAAUCUGGACCCUUUCUUUCUAAAAUUAGCCGCUGAAAUUGUCGCAACCCCUAUUACUAGCCUGUUCAACCUGUCUUUCGUAUCGUCUGAGAUCCCCAGAGAUUGGAAAGCUGCCGCGGUCAUCCCCCUCUUCAAAGGGGGUGACACUCUAGAUCCAAACUGUUACAGACCUAUAUCCAUCCUACCCUGCCAUUCGAAAGUAUUUGAAAGUCAAGGUAGCAAACAGAUCACCGACCACUUCGAAUCCCACCGUACCUUCUCCGCUAUGCAAUCUGGUUUCCGAGCUGGUCAUGGGUGCACCUCAGCCACGCUCAAGGUCCUAAAUGAUAUAAAAACCGUGAUUGAUAAAAGACAGUACUGUGCAGCCGUCUUCAUCGACCUGGCCAAGGCUUUUGACUCUGUCAAUCACCGCAUUCUUAUUGGCAGACUAAAUAGCAUUGGUUUCUCAACUGACUGCCUCGCCUGGUUCACCAACUACUUUUCAGAUAGAGUUCAAUGUGUCAAAUCGGAGGGCCUGUUGUCUGGACCUCUGGCAGUCUCUAUGGGGGUGCCACAGGGUUCAAUUCUCUGGCCGACUCUAUUCUCUGUGUAUAUCAAUGAUGUCGCUCUUGCUGCUGGUGACUCUCAGAUCCACCUCUUUGCAGACGACACCAUUUUGUAUACAUCUGGCCCUUCAUUGGACACUGUGUUAACAAACCUCCAAACGAGCUUCAAUGCCAUACAACACUCCUUCCGUGGCCUCCAACUGCUCUUAAACGCUAGUAAAACUAAAUGCAUGCUCUUCAAUCGAACGCUGCUUGCACCCGCCUGCCCGACUAGAAUCACUACUCUCGGCGGGUCUGACUUAGAAUAUGUGGACAACUACAAAUACCUAGGUGUCUGGUUAGACCGUAAACUCUCCUUCCAGACUCACAUUAAGCAUCUCCAAUCCAAAGUUAAAUCUAGAAUCGGCUUCCUGUUUCGCAACAAAGCCUCCUUCACUCAUGCUGCUAAACAUGCUCUCGUAAAACUGACUAUCCUACCGAUCCUUGACUUCGGCAAUGUCAUUUACAAAAUAGCUUCCAACACUCAACUCAGCAAAUUGGAUGUAGUCUAUCACAGUGCCGUCCGUUUUGUCACCAAAGCCCCAUAUACUACCCACCAUGUACGCUCUCGUUGGCUGGCCCUCACUACAUAUUCGUCGCCAAACCCACUGGCUCCAGGUCAUCUAUAAAUCACUUCUAGGCAAAUCCCCGCCUUAUCUUAGCUCAUUGGUCACCAUAGCAACACCCACCUGUAGUAUGCGCUCCAGCAGGUAUAUCUCACUGGUCAUCCCCAAAGCCAACACCUCCUUUGGCCGCUUUUCCUUCCAGUUCUCAGCUGCAAAUGACUGGAACAAACUACAAAAAUCUCUGAAGCUGGAGACACUCAUCUCCCUCAUUAACUUUAAGCAUCAGUUGUCAGAGCAGCUUACUGAUCACUGUACCUGUACACAGCCCAUCUGUAAUUAGCCCACCCAACUACCUCAUCCCCAUAUUGUUAUUUACAUUGUUAUUUAUUUUGCUCACUUGCACCCCAGUAUCUCUAUUUGCACAUCAUAUUCUGCACAUCUAUCACUCCAGUGUUAAUACUAAAUUGUAAUUAUUUUGCACUAUGGCCUAUUUAUUGCCUUACCUCCAUAACUUAUUACAUUUGCACACACUGUAUAUAGAUUUUCUAUUGUGUUAUUGACUGUACGUUUUUGUUUAUUCCAUAUGUAAUGGAAUUGUUGUUUUUAUCGCACUGCUUUGCUUUAUCUUGGCCAGGUCGCAGUUGUAAAUGAGAACUUGUUCUAAAAAAAUAUAUAUAUAUCUCAGUCACUGAAGACUGAAGAAGUCACUCACACUGCUUUUUCACUGCUUUUUGAUGUUUGGAGGUAUUUUAACCUCUUUAUUUCUCUCUCUUCCUCUCAUGCUCAGGUAUGCAGGGGUGCUUUUAGGAAUCACCAACACUUUCGCGACUAUCCCAGGUGUGGUCGCGCCCAUCGUCACAGGUUACCUCACCAAAGAUGUAAGCUUUAGCCUCAGAAUGACAUUUCUGGUGACAUUUCCUUCAACAUCAAAUAAUGAAAUAAUUAAAUAUAUUGAAUAUAUCUACUUAAAUACUUGUUGCUGUAAAAAGUAUUAGACCAUGGCUGCGUUUACACAGGCAGACCAAUUCUGAUCUUUUUUUCACUCAUUGGUCUUUAUAUAUAUAAAUAUCUGAUGUGAAAAGAUCCGAUGUGAUUGGUCAAAAGACCAAUUAGUGGAAGAAAGAUCAGAAUUGGGCUGCUUUACACGAGGACAAUGCAAUUGAGAUCUUUCAAAUGGCUCAUUUCUAAAAGUUACUGCACCCUUGAAGACUGUUAUACAUACGACUGUGACCCAUGCCCCCCCUCCUUCCUCAAACAGCACUCCUUGGCGGGAUGGAGGAGUGUGUUCUGUCUAUCGGCCGGGAUCAGCGCCGGAGGAGCGCUUGUCUUCACCUUGUUUGGCAGCGGGAAGAUCCAGAAAUGGGCCCUGGCAGAGGAGGAUCAAGAGCAGGCAGAAACAGAGAGAGACAGGUUAAUCCCUACAUGACAGACAGACAUGACCUAAAG